AUAUUUUUUAUCAACUGCAUAAUUAUUUCAUAUAAAAAGAAAGUUCAUAGAGAUUACACAGGUAAAGGUAUUCACUAUCAGCUAAUCGUAAGACGAAUUUUCGCGCUCAUUGUAGCAUUGUGAAUUCGUUGUGAAUAUUAUUCAAAAUGUCUUCCAUGAAGACGCUAAUCCUGUCACUCCUCGUUCUUGGAACAAUAUGGCAUUCAGGACAAUCAGCUCCAACCGAUCAAGAUCAAUCACUGAGUAUACAGAAUUCAAUCGCAAAAUUGAACGGAGUGUUUGCUAAAUUCAUAAAAGAUGAUCUGAAACCAGAACAAAAUGCUCUAUUCUCUCCUUUAAACAUCUACACCGCUUUAUCCUUGCUAAACUUGGGCACAAGUGGAGAAACCAGAAAAGAACUCUCCAACGUUUUGGGAACACCUGCCGACGAAGCUGGAUUAUCCGCAGCUCAGAAUUAUUUCGCUAAAAUCCUGAAUGACCUACAAACGUCGGAUGCAGCUGAAGUAAAAGUCGCCAACACUGUAUUUGUUCAGAAAGGAUUAAAAUUGAAGGACAGUUAUUUACAAGCAUCGAAAAAUUAUUACCAAAGUGAAGCUCAACAAGUAAAUUUUGCAAAAGGAGGAUCUGAGGCGACGGAUUUGGUCAACAAUUGGGUCUCAGCCAAUACGAAAAACCGCAUACCUAAAUUAUUCAAGGAGCCACUCUCUCAAGCAAUGUCUUUACUGCUCGUCAGCGCUCUGUUUUUCAAUGCCACUUGGCAACAGCCAUUCAAUAAAGGGGAAACCAAAAACGAAAAAUUCAACACCGGACUCAAACAAGUGGAAGUUCCACUGAUGAGUCAAAAAAAAUACGUUUCUUACUUCAAAAAUAACGAUUCAACAGUUGAAGCGAUUGUGUUGCCGUACAAGAACGGAGAAUUCAACAUGUUGGUCGUUUUACCACACCAGAAUUUAUCGGUGGGCGCUGUCAUCGAUGCUUACAGGCCAGCAUUUCAUCAAAGAUUGCUACACGGAGGAGCUAAUUGGAAAAAUGAAUACGUCGAUUACAAGAUACCUUUUCUAAAAUACGGAUGGUCGCAAAGCAUCAAUAAUCACGUGAUUAAAGCUGGUAUAACUAAGAUAUUUGGAAGUGCUGAACUGGAUAAUUUGGUAGAAAAUGCCUCGAACCUACAAGUAUCGGAUAUAACUCACGCAGCUGAAAUUGAAGUCGACGAAGACGGAACUGUCGCAACUGCUGUGACAUCGAUUGGAAUAUCUCGUACAUCAGUGGAACGUAGACCAGAACCUAUCAAAUUUUAUGUCGAUAGACCUUUUAUAAUUUCCAUCUAUCAUCAAAAAACAGGUGCCAUAUUAUUUUCGGGAAUUAUACAGAAUCCGUCGGUUUAGAAAUUUAAAUUUGUUAUCUUUCUUCGAGCAUAGAUAGAGAAAUGUUGAACAAUUGUAAAAUUGAAUCGAAUAAAAUAUGCAUAAAAUC